AUGCAGUUGUUCCGGUCGGAAUUUGCAGCGAUGCGUUUAGAGCUAUCUAACAUCAACAUUAAUUUGGAAAAACUCUCCCUCGCAGUUACGGCCCUCGAUAAUCGCAUCGGCAGCCUGGAAGAGAGAGUCCAGAUUUUGGAAGAGCGCCCAGACCGGUCGGCUAGCGAUACGGGCGAUGUCAAAGAUCUGACAGACACAGUAGAACGUCUAAAACAAGAACUAAACGACCGAGACCAGGCAAUGUUGUCCACUGAUGUUGAAAUAAGUGGCAUCGAUGAACAAAAUAAUGAAAACCCGAUCCACUUGGCGGUAUUGGUCGCACAAAAACUGAGUGUAGAAAUAGAGCCAAAAGAUAUAGUAAGCGCAGAACGUGUCGGGAUGCAACGUGCAGCGGGUGAUGGCGCUGGUGGCGUCGACGGCGGCCACGGCGGCCACGGCGGCAGCGGCGGCAGCGGCGGCAGCGGCGGCAGCGGCGGCGGCGGCAGUGGCGGCCGACCGCGGACCUUGGCUGUGCGGCUGACACGGCGCGCGCUGCGAGACGAGCUUCUGCAUGCUGCACGCCGCACCCGCGGCGCAGAUACCACCGGCUUUAACCUGCCCGGGCCACCUCGCAAAUUCUACGUUAACGAACGGCUUACACGCGCCAACCGUCAGCUGUUUUAUAAAGCCCGCCAUGAAGGAUCACGCACAAACUGGCGGUACAUCUGGACUCGCGACGGUCGAAUCUACGCCAGGCGCCAACCCAACACACAGGCGCACAGGAUCCGCUGUGACGAAGACCUGGUUAAGAUUUUUGGCACGCCUUAA